CAGUGUAGCGUGUAUUUCUCCAUUUUCAAUAGUAAAAUGUUUUUCUUCAACAUGUUUCCUUCUUCAGUUCUGCUGUUCUGAUGCUGGAGUAUUUUGUUAUUACAGAUGGUCCAGAAAACGUGAAAGUAAAAGCCAAGCGGUCAUCUUCAAAUUCUUUCAUUUUAUUAGAAUGUUCUGCUGAUUCUGUCCCAUCAGCCACUUACCAUUGGAGACUAAAUGGGACAAAUAUAAAAAAACAGGAGAGUCAGCUUCAGGUAGAUCAAAAGAAGGCUGAGGAAGAGGGGACUUACACAUGUGUGGCCAAUAAUACAGUGACACAGCUUACUGCCGUGGAUUCUAUAUAUGUGAAUACAACUAUUGAAUCGAUAGACAACAUUGAUCGGGAAACAGUUUCAGUGAAUGUAAUAGGAAUUGGAAUUGUAGUUGUGUUACUGCUGGUUCUAGUCGCUGUGUUAGCUUACCUUUUUUCCAAACACAGACAACACAAAAAGCAAACAGACGGCACAAACAAUGCAUCUUCUUCUCCAGAAGUCCCAGUUUAUGAAAAUAUAAAUGCUCCUCAAUCACGCAUCUCUGGAACUGCCCUGUCAGGAACUCCGGUGCAAGCAACCCAAGAAUCCCACUAUGAGCAAUUAACUCAUAAGGACAGAGCCAUAUACAGCACCCUUGCAUCAAAGGCUGGGAAGCACUAAUGGUUUUCCUUUUGGGAUUUUUCUAAAUUAAACAACUUGAAGAUAAGAUUCAUCAUAUGUUACAGGAUAUAUAAAGCAGAAUGCGUUCACCCAAUAUGAUCACUCUACCCAUAUUCAACUACCAAUACUUACCAGCUUUGAAUAACCGGAAGUAGGAUA